GCUUCACCUCGAAACACUCGUUUUGACUCCACUCUCUAAAGCAGAACGUGAAUGAAAAAGGCGAGCGAGUAACUCCAGUCGCUCAAACUGUCCUCGCUGAGCUUCCGUAGGGGAGGGGAGGGGGGCGACAAUUAAGCUGUCAUUUCGAAGGCCUCCGAUUUAAACCGCCCCGAAUCAGGUGAUAGACGGCUGGGCGAGAGCCGGAAGACGGGAGGGGAGAUGGCGCAGGCGGCCGGAGCUCCUUGUGUCAUCGUCCCUGAGGAGCCGCCGCCGCCGCCGCCGCUGCCUCACUCCUCCUCGUCUUCCUCGUCCUCGAGCGCUGACAGCGGCCACGUCUCCAAGAGCCACAGCAACGUCUCGGGAAUCGGCGACGAGCACGCGGCGACGGGCGAUGCAUCGCGCGGAGAGUUUCUACUGGCCGCGGCGGCUGCCGACUACGCCGCCUACCUGCUCCCUUCGCCGCUCGAGAACGCCGCCUCAGCCGGGCAGAUCGGGACUUUGGACAAGAGCCUUGAAGAUUUAUUGAUCAGGGUAGAUGAGUUUGUGGGAAUGCUGGACAUGAUUAGAAAUGAUUCUUCUCAAGUAAUUAAUGAAAGUGUGCCACAUAUUCAUGCAAAGGCAAUGGAAAUGAAGAAGCUCUAUAGAAAGAUUGACAAACUAGAGGCCUUUGUAAAAAUGAUUGGUAAUAAUGUGGCUGGAAUGGAGGAACAGAUCAUAAAGGCAGAAUCAGACCUUGGAAAUUUUCCAAAUACGUUAAAGAAAUUAUUGUACACAAUCAACGUGCCAUCUUUUUUAAAUAAAUCAUCUUCAGCGAGGCAAAAUCAAGCCCUGUAUGAGCCACUUGAUCUCUUCAAGACUGAAGACUACUUUCCUUGUCUUGAUCAAGGACAAUGUAUGUGAUUAAACUGGAAGUGGUAACAUGGAAAGGAGAGUAUUAUCAGUAAGAUCCAUGCUGGCCUUUAGAUUGUUGCUGCACUUUUUUCCGGAAAACUACAGUGCCUUCUUUGUAUGUCCCAGUUUGUCUUCAAGCGCAUUUACUUCAGCUGGAUUUUCUGUAGAAAUAAUAUACUAGUAUCUUAAAGCACAAUCUAAUAUAAAGCCUUAAGGGGCAGCUAAUUUUAUCAAGAAACGGUAGUAUGUACAGUAUAUUAUAUAAACUGUAAGUAAAUCUAACACUAUCCUCUUAAUUGAGAGAUUAGAGAGGGAAUGGGACUGGAUAUACAGGAGGAAGGUCUUCCAGCCAUUAUUUUCAGCCAGAAUAGUUCAGAAAAACCAACCUAUAUAAUUCACCUCUGUAUUUCUCUCUCUCCUGGUAUAAGUCUAGGGUAAGAAAGAUUUUACAGCCAGGUACCAAACUGUGUUCCAUGGUUUUCUGGCUAAUUCUUUUUGAAGAUUAACAAAGUUUAUUAUGUAGAGACGUAAGUGGGAAAAAUAAAGUAUACUGUGUUUCCUGCUGUUAAUCUCUGUUCCACAGGCAUAUUUUUGAAAUAGUACUUAGAAGUGCAGUAAGGAGCAAAAUACGUAUUGUUGGUAAUGAUCUUGAUUCUGUUCAACACAGCAAGAAGAAAUCCACUGGCUGACUAGAGCAUAGUAAAAGGAACUUUGUUCUUUGAAGUGCUAUAUAUUAAAGAAAAACAGCAAUAUGUAGCUUGCUAAGUUGCAGAAGCAACUAUUUCAUAAAGUUUUUCAUGAAUAUCCUUUUAUAUAAAAUGUGAAAUGUUUGAUCAGCAAAGCACUUGUUAACUUGUAAUUAAGCUUUUAAUUUUUUAGAUUAAAAUGCCAUUUUAAAGCAUGUUGUCCAUAUCUUAACUACAAAGCCAUCUUAAGAUUCUAAAUGCAUUUGAGAAACUGUCAAGAUGGUUGGCUUUUUUUACAAUGUUAAGAUGGCAGGGGGGAAAAGUAUUAAUAGCCAAGUUCCCGCCACAACUAUACACUAUGAAUUAAUGGGACCUGUGGGUGGGCAAGGGAGUCUUUUAUGAGUUUUUGUCACAGAAAGCUACAGUGAACAGGGUCUUGAUUUCUAUAUUUUUAUUUUUAACGGAGAAUAUGACAUUUUUGAAGAACUAUUCUAACCUUUAUUCUGAAGUUUGCUUAACCAUGGUGCACAAACUGUUGAUGUAAAAAUGAAAUGGAGCUUAGUAGUAUAUACUAAGCAAGUAACCUGAUUUACGAUAGGGAUAGCUUUAUUAAAGGAACAUGUGAAAGCUU